UGAAAUUGUUUGUUUUUUUCUUUAAACACUCGAUGCAUUAUGGGACAACAAGUAUCCAGGACGGACUUUGAAUGGACCUACACUGAAGAACCGCAUGCAAGUCGGCGAAAAUUAAUCCUAGAAAAGUAUCCGCAAAUCAAGAAGCUCUUCGGGUAUGAUCCUCAGUUCAAAUGGGUCGCCAGCGCGAUGGUUAUGGCACAGUUGGUUAUGCUGUUUGUGGUGAAAGACCAAUCAUGGAAAAUGGUGUUUCUCCUGGCGUACUGUUUCGGCGGAGUAAUCAAUCAUUCGCUUAUGUUAGCAUGCCACGAAAUUGCCCACAAUCUGGCGUUUGGACACGCGCGACCAAUGGCGAAUCGAUUGUUUGGCUUCUUUUGCAAUCUUCCGAUCGGAUUGCCGAUGUCCGUAUCGUUCAAGAAAUACCAUCUGGAGCACCAUCGUUAUCAGGGUGACGAAGUGAUUGACACGGAUCUGCCUACGUACCUGGAAGCGAAACUGUUCUGCACCACCGUUGGAAAAUUCUUCUGGGUGUGUCUGCAGCCCCUGUUCUACAUCUUUCGGCCGUUGAUUGUGAAUCCCAAGCCUCCCCAAAAGCUGGAGCUAGUCAACGGUGUCAUACAGCUGGCCUUUAACGCCAUGGUAGUGUACAAUUUCGGCUGGAAAGUGAUGAUAUAUCUAAUAGUCGGAUCGCUCCUCGCGAUGGGACUACAUCCUGUGGCAGGCCACUUCAUUUCCGAGCACUACAUGUUCUCAAAAGGCUUUGAGACGUACUCCUAUUACGGGCCCUUGAACUGGAUAACAUUUAAUGUAGGCUACCAUAAUGAACACCAUGAUUUCCCUGCCGUGCCCGGGCGGUUACUUCCGGAAGUGAAGCGAAUUGCACCAGAGUUCUACGACACCAUCCCGCAGCAUACCUCCUGGACGCGAGUUCUGUACGAUUUCAUUACCGAUCCUGCUAUCGGGCCGUACGCAAGGAUCAAGCGUAAAGCUCGUGGAUUGGAUUCGUAAUAUUCGACGCUUAUUAAUAGGAAACAGAUGUAAAGUAUUUAACCAUCGUUCCAUGGGAGAUGUGUGAUGAUAAAAAUAAUAUAAACCCCAACAAAGAUGCACUAUCUACCCUGCAAUAAGAGACGCAAGGGCGAAACCAAAAAAAACUCACGACAAAAAACAACUAUGUUUGUAAGCGUCAAUGAUAAUUGUAUAUUUCGCAACGCUUACAAUGCAUAGAGAGGCCAAUAUGCUUUCCUUUGUAACAUGCCCAUCCAUACCCGUCUCUAUUAAAAAAUUUACAAUGUAGCUACUGUUGUAGUUAUAGAUAUGACACGGAAUCCGAUGCCGAUUGCAUAGCAUCACAUAACCAUGGGUCGAAAAUAUAGCUUUCAUGUGAAACAUACCCUGUCUACAAAAAAAACCGUUUGCGGUUGUAACUUGUCAGCUAACGUUUAGUAUAAAGUUGCUGCUAGCUAUUUGUAUCAACUAAUACCUCACGCAGUUAUUAUUAGCUAGGGUGGACUAAAAUUGUGUCCCAAGAGUCGACGCAGAUACAGUAUAAUCGAUUGAAUUGUGGAAAUCGUGAUUGAACACUUCUUUUUAUACUAUAAUGUAACCUAAUUGAAGGUUUUGAUGGAUGUUAAAGAAGCACAUACAAUUUUUCUUCGAUGUAUUUUGCUUAACAACAUGAUGAGUACAGGGAAAUCGUUAACGGAAGGGUGAGUUCUCAGAACCUUCUCUAAUUUUGUUCUUUAAAUUUACAUAUGCGCUUCAUCAAGCGCAGAAUAACUAGAGUCCAAUGAAUUUUUAAUACAUACGAACUGUUGUAAAAAUGUUGCUUAAAACAGAGGAUUGAAAUUAUUGUGCUAUAUUUUGUCAAUAAAUUGAUGGCGAAAAUAGGUUGUGUGUAUGUGGUAAAAUAAAUUACUUUUAAAUGUUGCGAAA